GGUUCUCACUUCUCAGGCAAAGUUUCGGAAUUGCUGCAUCUUCUCCUUCUCCUUUUUCCUCUUCUUUGACUCGCUUCUCUCUCUCUCUCUUCUACGCUCACACCACCUUCUCUUUCCGCCAUUGCAUUCUCUCUCUGACUCUCUCCACCUCAACAUUUAUUUCUCAUUUCCGUUGAUUGUUUUCUCGCCUCCGCACAUCCACGUCGCCGGCGCCACCGCUCGGCGGAGUUAGUUUUCCGAGUGCCGGAAUUAGUCAAUUGGAGAGAAGACUUAUUUUGACUUCAGAGCUUCGGCGCUGAGGAGAAGAGCGGAAAAACCGAGGAGCGUUUUUUUAGGGGAAAAGUCCUCCAGAUCUGCAGGAGAGAGAAGGCGAGGGUUUCGUGGUUGGAUCUUUGUUUGUUAAUUCGAAGGGGAAGGUAGGGGAGUCAGUUGGCGGUGUGGAUGGUAGUGCGCGGCGGAGGAAGAGGUGGCGGAGUGGUGGCAUGAUAAUGAGUGGAGUCGGAUGGUGGUGGCGGUGGUGCUGGUGUGGAGGUGAGUGCUUCACAUGGAAUGGCAGAUCUUGUUAGCUACAGUAAUGCCGACCGUGACAUCGAGCAGGCGUUGGUUGCUCUAAAGAAGGGAGCUCAACUACUUAAAUAUGGUCGUAAGGGAAAGCCUAAAUGUUAUCCGUUUAGACUCUCUAGUGACGAAACAACUUUAAAUUGGAUUUCUAGUAGUGGUGAUAGGAGUUUGAAGUUAGCUACAGUUUCAAGAAUUAUCCCUGGACAAAGAACUGCUGUUUUUCAGCGAUAUCUGUGCCCUGAAAAGGAGUACUUAUCCUUUUCUCUUAUAUAUAACAACGGGAAAAGAUCUCUCGACCUGAUCUGCAAGGAUAAAGUUGAAGCAGAAAACUGGAUAGCUGGGCUCAAAGCAUUAAUAACAUCAGGACAAGCUGGACGCUCUAAAAUUGAUGGUUGGGGUGAUGGAGGCCUGUAUUUUGAUGAAAACAGAGAUUUAACGUCAAAUAGUCCAAGUCACAGUUCUGUAAGUGCUACACGGGAAGUUAGCUCAUCUGAGGUUUCCGUUAGUUCAAACAUAAUUGCUUCUCCUAAGAGCUACCGACCUGAUAAUUUGGUAUAUUCAGAAAGGUCACAUGUAGCUUUGGAUCAAACAAAUAUGCAAGUGAAAGGAUCUGGUUCAGAUGCUUUUCGGGUUAGUGUAUCUAGUGCCCCCAGCACAUCAAGUCAUGGUUCUGGACCAGAUGAUUGUGAUGCACUAGGGGAUGUGUAUAUUUGGGGUGAAGUUAUAUGUGAUAAUGUUAUCAGGGUUGGGCCAGAGAAGAAUGCUAGUUCCAUUGGUACCAGAGCAGAUGUUCUCCUGCCUAGACCAUUGGAAUCAAACGUGGUGCUGGAUGUGCAUUAUAUAGCAUGUGGGGUACGGCAUGCUUCUCUAGUCACUAGGCAGGGUGAAGUCUUCAGCUGGGGUGAAGAAUCUGGUGGGAGGCUUGGUCAUGGAGUCGGAAAAGAUGUCACCCAACCUCGUCUAGUGGAAUCAUUAACAUUUUGCAGUGUUGAUUUUGUCGCAUGUGGUGAGUUUCACACAUGCGCUGUUACUAUGGCUGGUGAACUUUACACCUGGGGCGAUGGUACGCACUAUGCCGGGCUCUUGGGCCAUGGUACUGAUGUCAGCCAUUGGAUACCAAAGAGAAUUGCUGGCCCUCUUGAGGGGCUUCAAAUUGCAAGUGUGACAUGUGGUCCAUGGCAUACUGCACUGAUAACAUCAACUGGACAGCUUUUUACUUUUGGAGAUGGAACUUUUGGUGUUUUGGGUCAUGGAAAUAGAGAAAAUGUUUCAUACCCAAGAGAGGUAGAAUCUCUAGCAGGUUUGAGGACAAUUGCUGUUGCAUGUGGAGUGUGGCAUACGGCUGCAGUGGUUGAGGUGAUUGUAACCCAGUCUAGUGCAAGUUUUUCAUCUGGAAAAUUGUUCACUUGGGGAGAUGGUGACAAAAACCGCCUUGGACACGGUGAUAAAGAACCAAGGCUGAAGCCUACCUGUGUACCUGCACUUAUUGAUUACAAUUUUCACAAAAUUUCCUGUGGGCACAGUUUGACUGUUGGCCUGACUACAUCUGGGCGUGUUUUCACAAUGGGAAGCACUGUAUAUGGUCAACUUGGAAAUCCUCAGUCUGAUGGAAAGCUACCUUGCUUGGUAGGAGACAAGCUUGCAGCUGAAUCUGUUGAGGAAAUCUCUUGCGGUGCAUAUCAUGUGGCUGUGUUGACUUCCAAAAACGAGGUUUACACAUGGGGUAAAGGAGCCAAUGGGAGGUUGGGCCAUGGUGAUAUGGAAGACAGGAAAGCACCCACUCUAGUUGAAGCUUUAAAGGAUAGACAUGUUAAAUUUAUUGCUUGUGGCUCAAAUUAUACAGCUGCCAUAUGUCUUCAUAAAUGGGUCUCUGGUGCUGAGCAGUCCCAGUGCUCUGCUUGUAGACAAGCUUUUGGCUUCACAAGAAAGAGACAUAACUGCUACAACUGUGGAUUAGUUCAUUGCCAUGCUUGUAGUUCUAGAAAAGCACUACGGGCUGCAUUGUCACCCAAUCCCAGCAAACCUUAUCGUGUGUGUGAUUCAUGUUUUGUGAAGCUAUCUAAGGUGGCAGAAUCUGGAGCCAACAACCGGAGAAAUUCCGGACCACGGCUUUCAGGUGAAAACAAGGAUAGACUGGACAAGGCUGACCUUAGAAUAGCCAAGUCCAUGCCAUCUAAUUUUGAUUUGAUCAAACAAUUGGACACAAAAGCAGCUAAACAAGGAAGAAAAGCUGAUACGUUCACUUUAGGUCGCUCUUCUCAAGUAUCUUUAUUGCAGCUACGAGAUGCUGUUAUGUCUACCGAUGUACGUCGAACUGUUCCUAAGCCAAUUCUCACAACCUCGAGUGUUAGUUCAAGGUCUGUAUCGCCUUUUUCGAGGAAACCUAGCCCUCCAAGGUCUGCAACACCAGUUCCUACAACAUCAGGUUUAUCUUUCUCCAAGAGCAUCACUGAUAGUCUGAAGAAGACAAAUGAGCUUCUGAAUCAGGAAGUGCAUAAGUUACGGGGGCAGGUAGAAAUCCUUAAAAACCGAUGUGAAUUGCAAGAAUUAGAGCUUCAGCAAUCAGCCAAAAAAGCUCAGGAAGCAACAGCAUUAGCCGCUGACGAAUCUGCGAAAUGUAAAGCUGCAAAAGAAGUGAUCAAGUCACUUACAGCUCAGCUUAAAGAUAUGGCUGAAAGGUUGCCGCCUGGGUCUUAUGACCCUGAAAGUCUCAAACUAGUUUGCUUGCCAAAUGGAUCGGAAUCAAAUGGCGCACACUCUUCUGGUGCGAAUGGAGAGAGAAACUCAAGAUCAGAAGAUAUCAACAGCACAUACUCAGCUUAUCCACCUGAAACUGACUCAGGUGUGCGAAAUGGAAUGCAAGGUCCAUCUCAAUUGCUCCGAGAUCCUAUUGGAAGCAGUGAAAGUGUCUUAGAUCCACAAGGACUUGAACAUGGCUACUCAAAUGGAACAAAUGACCGUCUGGAUACUCGGCUUCCUAAUGGCGGGGGAGUUCUUCAGUCUUACAGGAGCAGCGUGUCUGACAGUCUUGAUGGAAAAGAAUCAACUACUAACCGCGACAGCGAUGCUGGCUCGAAAUCUAGAAACUCAGCAGUCCCAGGCAGCGCUAGCCAAAUCGAAGCUGAAUGGAUUGAACAAUACGAACUGGGUGUGUACAUAACACUCGUAGCCCUUCGUGAUGGAACCAGAGAUCUCAAGCGUGUACGAUUCAGCCGGAGGAGAUUUGGGGAACACCAAGCGGAGAUGUGGUGGUCGGACAACCGAGAAAAGGUUUACGAGAAAUACAAUGUGAGAGGAUCGGACAAGUCAUCGGUUAGUGGGCAGGUGGCUCGUAGGUCGGAGGGAGGUCUUUCACCUUCUUCGCAGAUGUAGGUAAUAACAGAGGCUAUUUAGAGGAAACAGACAUCCGAUUUUUGGCCCUUUCGCACAUUCCUCGCCCUUUACUUUUAUUCUUUGUUAUUUAUUUUGUAUGUAUUUAAAUGUUUUGGUCGAUUUCCUCUGCAAGGGAAAGGGCAUCCACCUGUUUUUAUGCUCAUAUUUUGUAUAUAUCAAACCCUCAAGUUAUUCUAA